AUGACGCCUAGUACAUCAGGGACUUUGACGGCAUCGAACACGACGGGCACGUAUAGCUCGACUUCUGCGACCUCGUUCGAAACGUCCACGUCGAAAGCCGAGACGGUUGCGCCCGGUGGACAAGACGCAAAGACUACGUCCAAUGCCGUCGCAAACCAAGGGUCCAGGGCGGCUGGAUCAGGCGGGAGUGGAGGGACGCUACCAAGUGGCAGUAUCUGCGGGAGUUGCACUAAACCCGUGAAGAGGCAGUUUGUCCGAGCGAUGGGCAAGGUCUAUCAUUUAGAUUGUUUUAGAUGCAAGGAUUGUAAUACCGUCGUCGCGGCGAAGUUCUUUCCGGUCGAUGACCCUGACGGCUCAUACCCCUUGUGCGAGCGGGAUUACUUUGCUCGCCUGGAUUUGAUCUGCGGGCAGUGCGAUAAGGCUCUUCGUGGAAGCUAUAUUACCGCUUGCAACAAGAAGUUUCACGUUGAACAUUUCACUUGUUCGGCUUGUGCGGUAGUGUUUGGACCUCAGGACUCGUAUUACGAGCACGAUGAUCAAGUCUACUGUCACUUCCAUUAUUCCACACGAUUCGCUACCAAAUGUGUUGGGUGCGCAAACGCCAUCCUCAAGCAGUUCGUGGAGAUUAACCGAAACCAGAAGGACGAAUGUUGGCAUCCUGAGUGUUACAUGAUCCAUAAGGCAAGUCGAGAUUUCUGGAACGUCAAGCUCACUUCAAAGUUCCGAGCGACACCUGCCAACUCGACUGAUCCCUCAACAGUGUCCAUGUUGGGCGACGUGGAUGGAGUACCGGAAGAGCACAAAGAGACCGCCGAAACACUGCGAGCUAAGCAGUUGCGAAUGGAGGGACAAGUAGAACAGAUCUGGCGCGUCCUCUCCGCUUUCGAGGAGAGCUCGGCAGCUUGCAUAUCGGAAAUGUUGCGAUUCGUGAGCGCCGGGCAAUACGCUGAAGCGAUCCUGAUGGCGGAAAGGUUCAUCCUUCAUGUGGAGAUCCUAUUCGCCGCUAUCGAUGAUCUGGAAGCGCAGUUUGCACAAGAGGGUGCGAAGGGAAUGCCUCAUUCUCGCGAGGCGAAGAUGUUGUGCCGCAAGACGGUCAAUUUCUUCUCGUUGCUAUCGCAUACCCAAGAUUCCCCUGAGCAGAAGGCACAAGUCACUCAGGAGCUACUGGCACUAGUCACUGGUUUAGCGCACUACCUGAAGAUCUUGAUCCGCAUCGCGCUCACGGGCUCGUUGAAGUUGGAACGGGAGCACGGGAAUCUGAAGGCCCUCGACUAUCUCCUUGCCAGGUUGUCUUUAUUGGCUAGGGAUGAUGGUGAUCCUCUUAUUCCUAAGCGAGGCUCUGGAAAGCGGAAGAUAGACGCUACCGUCGAUAUCCCGCCUGCCUUCACCGCAAGCACCAGCGGGAUAGCCUACGGAUAUCGUAGCCUGGCCCUCGAGGUCGUUGGCGAGUCGGUCCUGAAAGGCAGACCGUUAACUCCCCGUGGUCUCGACGAGUGCUUGAAAUGCCGCAAGACGGUCGAGGAAGAUUGCAUACGACUAGGCCUGUUCGAAAGAUGGCAUGCUCCUUGCCUCAAGUGUGCGGAAUGCGACUCCGCUGCCAGUAUCAUGGAAGAUGUGCAAGCUCCUCCUGAUGCGGACUCGCGGCCGCCCAAACGGCGAGCACUUCCUCGACCGGAUGGUUUCACUUACACGGCUGCCAAGGUCGUAUCACAAAAUGCGGUAGAGGUCACUGCAGUCUUCUGUCGGGUCCAUGCGCAACGUAAUAGUGUUGCCGGAUUCGAAGGCGUAUCUAGGCUGGAACAAUUCGCCUUUCUCCUUAACGUCGCGCUUCGACGACUUUGGGAUCACUUGCGACAUGCAGGAGUCAUCACCGCAUCUUCAGCUAAUGUCGCCCUUCCUGCAACGGCCGAGACGACUUCUUCGCUGUAUGACUCGUAUCGAGAUUCUACCGACAUCAAGAGACUCAAGUCGGUCAACCUCGACCGCAAACUGUCAGCUACUGCUCGUAUGCCCCAACGCUCGACCAUCGUGGAAAGUCCAUCAGGAAAGACCGCCAAAGGAGACGGUUCCUUGGAAUCACAAAAGUCAAUUGACGGCCAACUACACAGCCUAUCGACCAGUUCGCCUGGGGGCAACAGGGAAGAGGGACCACCCAUCUCUGCAACUCCGUCCGGCGCCAGUCACGAGAUCGUUAUUGUGCAACCCGCCGAUGAAGACGCCAACGCAAAUACGCCAUCUCGCGUCGAUAUACUCCGACCUGCUUUCGGUCGCGCCAACACGCACGUGGCCAUCGUCAGCGACAAUUCCAACGAGAACUCGCCGGGUGCCUCGACACCUCAAUUGCUUUCUAGAUCUGAGACAGAGAGCUCACCAUUCGAACAUGAGCAGGGUGUGACCUUGGCCGAUAUCCCUGCUUUAGUCGAAGCAGAGCAGGCCAAGCUAGAGCAUCGACCGCCGCCAGUAUCCGAGGGCAGACCGUUGAUGUCAGAGCUGUCUGCUUUGGACGCGACAAUCGUGAAGCACUUCGCCUUGAUCGCUCUCACAAAGUCAUCUAUAGCGCAUUAUAUCGACAUGGAGGAACUGUUUGAGCUGGUCGAGAUUCGGAAAAACCAGUGGUGGAACAAGAUCUUCAAACCUGGCAAGGACAAGAAGGACGUGAAGCGUAAAGGUGUCUUUGGAGUUCCCUUGGAAAUCCUUGUUGAGAAGACCGGCAGUGAUUCUCAGCUGGGUCACACCAAUGCUCAGUUACGAGUUCCAGAGUUUAUGGACAAUGUCGUUUCGGCCAUGAAGCAGAUGGACAUGUCGAUCGAGGGUAUCUUCCGAAAGAAUGGCAACAUCAAACGGCUCAACAGCGUCGCCGAGGCCUUGGAUCGCGAUGCUUCUUCCGUCAGCUUAUCAGAUGACAACCCCGUCCAGCUAGCGGCUCUGUUGAAGAAGUUCUUGCGGGACUUGCCCGACCCUCUCUUGACUUUCCGUCUGCACAAGCUAUUUUGCGCGGCGCAACAUCUUCCUGACGAGGAGGAGCGUGUUCGUUGCCUCCAUCUAUUGGUUGCAAUGCUUCCGAGGACGAAUCGCGACACAUUGGAAGUCCUGUUUGUAUUCCUCAAAUGGGUGGCAUCUUUCUCGCAUGUCGACGAAGAGACAGGCAGUCGCAUGGACGUGCAAAACCUCGCGACCGUCAUUUGCCCGAGUAUAUUGUACUCGAAAGGGACCAACGCGAUGCGAGACGACAGUUUCGUUGCGAUCCAGGCGGUCAAGACCCUCAUAGACCAUCAGGACGAGUUCUAUACGGUCCCCAAGGAACUGCAAUUCGUGCUGGAGGAAAACGUCAGCCAACUGUUCAAGGACAGCCUCGAUCUCCCGCCUAAGGAGAUUUACAAGCAUUGCUCGAACUAUGCCAACGCACGUAGACCGUACUAUGCAAAGAAGGCGGAAGCUGGGCCUAUUCGUAUGGGAGAAUACGGCCUUGCCAGUCACAAGUCGGAUGGAAACCUCAUCGCCACAGCGGCGGGUCUGUCGAACGGUCGAAUGAACACGCCGAUUCAAACCAGCGGACCAUUCAAUGUCGCGGCCAUGGGCAAUGCGACCUCGGGCUCUCCAACUAGGCCGCAGAGCUGGGCAGACGCCCCCGUACCUCCUUUUCACAACAUGUCGCAGUCCGUGUCACAUCCGGGCCUUCCUCAUCACAACUCGGCAGGACACAUGGGACCGCCAUCUGCAGGCUCUAACUCGAUACCGUCGGGCUCGCCCAACUCACGGCGAAUGUGGUAUCCCGGACACCGAGGCUCGACGCCAUCGUCGCCCGUCAUCGCCGCUGCGAUGGGCGACGCAGAUCGGCGUCCAUCUUCUUCUAUGGACAGGGCCAUGUCUCCAUCUCAUUUCGGCGACCGAUAG